AUGGAUCCUCGGGAGAGUAAGCGCGCCUUUGACCUACCCAGGCUCAAGACAACUUGCUCACGACCCGCUCGUGGUCAAUUCACCUUCUACGACGUCAAAUUCUGGCCAUAUGCCUCCGCUUCAUGCGACGGGCCUAUCUUCGCCGUUGCUGCCCAGAGGGGAAUCAUUGUUGGUCGCUUGUCAAACAAAUCCCAGUCUGUAGUCACCGUCCUGCAAGAUCUCUGGGAUUUUCAAGAUGAUCACGACGCAUCUCCGAAUCUGAAUUCGUGCGCUUGGUGCUACAUCGAUUGGCAGAGGCCUUUGUUGGUGGUUGGCGGCGGUUCAGGCCAACUAAAGGUUGUUGACGUUCUCGAAGCCCAAUGUGUUACCACUCUGCUGGGCCAUGGACAAGCAACCAUCAAUGACAUUGCUGUUCAUCCUCUCUACCCGUGGGUCUUCGCCACCGCUUCGCAGGAUGGGGCGAUUCGAGUCUGGGAUCUACGCCGACACCGUUUUCGUCACAACGCACCGUCCAUCAUCCUCUGUGGGAAUGGAACCGACGGACACCGUGCCGGCGUCUUGUGUCUUGCAUGGCACCACACCGGCCGCUACUUGGUAUCGGGCGGCCACGAUCACCGCAUCUGCGUGUGGACCAUACCCGAUCUUGAGGAUGGCUCUCCCUUCUGGGACACAAUUUGUCCCGAGCUCAUAGAGCGACGGUCGAGCGAGACAUUCGUCAUCCACUAUCCUCACUUCGUCACCCAAGCCGUCCAUACCCAAUACAUUGAUUGUGCAAGGUUCUUUGGCGAUUUGAUUGUGACAAAGGCGGCCACUGAAGGCAAGAUUGUGCUUUGGAAGAUCACCGGCUUCGACUCGGGAAGAUGUCCGCCUCCUGUCACGACAACCCCCAAACUCGAGGGUCACCUCGACACGCGCAACGGUUUCAUGCGUACCAUUAUCACCGACGAGGAUGGCUACGAACAUGUGGGGAUUCGAAGUGAUUGCAAAAACAAGCCUCCCUAUCGAAGGCUCCUGGAGUUUGAGACUCCCCACGACGACGUAUUCUACAUGCGGUUCGGCCUGCUAUUGCCUACGCAGGCCUAUCCAGACACACAUCCGGUGCUAGCGUUUGGCAACGCUGCUUCUGAACUUCGCUUCUGGGAUCUCGAACGGUUGUCAGUGGGGCAUGCUGGCGAAGUCUAUCCGGGCGCCAAUCCUCCUCGCGCCGGCAGAAAAAGGAAGAGGCCGAAAACCGAAGUCAUACCCACAGCAAACCAACCGGAGAAACGACCUCGAAAGCCCGACACCGCUCCCUUGGUCCCUGAAAGAAGGUCUUCAAAGCUCAAGCAAGACCCUCCAGCUAUCAAAAUUAGCAAUGUAGAAACCAAGGAAGAGGUUGUAGAGAUCAGGCAAGGGUCUGCAGCAGCCAUUAAGACAGAGUCUGCACAGAUGAAGAUAGAGCCUGUAGAGAUUCAGCAGGAGUUUCCAGGUCCUAUACAGCUGAUCCCUCCAGCUCGACAUGUCAAUGCUACAAGAAGUUCGACUCAAUUAGGGUCAGACGUCGCUCAACUCUCUCGGCAAACUCCAGUCGCCAAAAGAGAGGCAAAUUCUGUCGGGAGAUCAACUACAAUAAAAGCAAACGGCAUACCUCCGUCUCCAGACACUCCGGCUGCCACAACAGAACUAAACCCUGUCAGAAGAUCGCGUCGUCUUUUAAAGCCACCGUCUCCGCCCGCUUCAGAUGGCUCAGAAGAUCGAAGUCCUAGCAGGUCGCCAUCUGUGGAAGCAGGCGCAUCAGGCGCCGCGCUCCCAUCUCCAGAGACUUCACCAGAAGCAGAUCUUGUCAGAAGGUCGAGUCGUUUAAAACGGAAGGCUUCGAGUGUAUUUCCGGAAACUGUAGAUGGCGCAGGAGAUACCAAUCCCGCCAAAAGGUUGUUGCCUUCCCCGGGUCCCGAAGGAGAGAGUCUUAAUACUACACAAAACGAGGAAUGGUCUGCUCGCGCUCUGGCAAACGCGAGACAGAAGUCUCUGGCGCCAGAUUUUGAGGUAGAGGUCUUGGCAAGUAUAGAGGCCGACGAAUGGUCUUCUGGAAAUCUAGAGGUCGAGCGAGAGGGGUCUGCCAGUUCGGGUAUCGAGACAGAGGUUCCCUACCGCGUAGAGUCCGCGCGAGCAAGGCCUCUGGCUCUAGACUUCGCGUCAACGUGUGCCAACUCUAUGGACAUGGACGAAUGUUCUCUAAACAUCAAAGAAACCCCCACGGAUGUCGGCAUGCCAGAGUCCCGGACAGUACGGAUGUCUGAUCUGAACUCGGGCCCGCGGGGUCCCCGAUUCAGCUCUACCGAGGAGGACAACGAAUCCUCGACGGCCGCUGACUCCACACCUGUUCGCUUUUCGGUCAUAGAUGAUGAGGACUACCUCUCCAUCAACGACCCUAAAGAUCCCCCUUUUAGCCUCCCAGACCGUGAAAAGUAUCCAAUCGACGAUCCCCACAUGCCUCUCAAGUCGCAUGCAAGGGUUGUGGUUCAUAAGCUCCAAUACAAGAAGCGAGCCCCGUUUGUGACGCGAGCAGUGGAUUGGAGUCCUUGCGGGAGGUGGUGUAUAGCAGUAGGAGAGUCCUGCCUCGACCAGGAAGAUGGCUGGGGCGGCUUCGCUGUGCUGCAUCGUCCUGAUUUGCCCAAGGUUACGAUGGACGACAAGACCGAAGCAUUGAACAGGACCUUCAAAAUAAGGUCAGAGAUGCUUGACCGAGUUCAAGGAGAUGACAAAGCACUCAACCGUCUCCUCGAAGAUUUUGCGUCGUUCAUGCAAGUACAUGACACUGACGGGGAAAAAGAAUCCCAAGGUGGUUCAGACGAAGAAUUUGAAGAUGAGUUAGACGAAGACUCUAAAGGCGACCCCGAGGAAUCUAAUGAGGACUCUAAAGAUGGCCUGGAGAAAGCUAAAGAAGAUCCUCAGGAUGACCCCACGGACUUUGAAGGUGAGGGCUCUGAAGAUGACUCCAAAGCUGAUCUCCAGGACUCGAAGAGGAGCCAGAAGAACAACUUCACGAUGACCCUGAGGAAUCGACGAGGACUCAGGAGAAGAACUUCACGAUGA